AUCUAGUGUAGUGUUGCUGCUGUGUAUAUUGGAGGAUGUCUGACAACGCAGAAUCUCCCACAGAAAAUCAAAAAGAUGAGCCUUCAGUACAACACACUGUCUCUGAACAUACUGGAUCGUCGGAUGAGAAGAAAAAGAUUGAUGUGCUGUUGAAAGCGGUUGGUGACGCACCCAUCAUGAAGACAAAAAAAUGGGCUGUGGAGAGGGGCAGGACAGUACAGUCACUCACGCAGUUCAUCUCACGCUUCCUCAAAAUGGAGCCUAGCGAACAAUUGUUCAUUUACGUCAAUCAGUCAUUUUCUCCAUCACCAGACCAAGAAGUGGGUGUACUUUUUGAGUGUUUUGGAAGUGAUGGGAAACUAGUUCUCCAUUACUGCAAGUCCCAGGCCUGGGGAUGACCGUGCAGCCUCUGCAUGUCGCUCGCUCACUCUCUCAUUUAUACACCUGCACACAUACAGAAUUACUUGCCUUUUCAAAUCAUCAUAGUUUUUUAACUUGUUGAUUAUAUUCAUUUCACUUUUUUUCUUUUUUUUGUUGUUGUUGUAAAUAAUAAAAUGUAAAUACUAUUGUAAAACGUUGUGUCAUCUAAUUGGAAACAAGUGAAUUGUGAAGAGGAGUUGUGUUGUGGGAGGUUAUGGGUGGAAAUAAUAUGAUCUCUAAAUACCUUUAGCAACAAAUUAAGAUGUUUGUAAUACUUAAGCUCAUGUAGAAAUGGUUUACAGGGAAAAUGACAAUAUAUGAUACUCAGUAUUACACAGUGAUUACUUUUUACAGUGGGGGGCGGGUAGAGUGCCAGGACCAAACAAGGCACAUGUAAGAGUUGUAGAUAGGGUGUGAAUAGCAGGUUAGAAAGGUUGGGAUGGAAGCAUUUAAAAGAAGAAAGGAUACAAAGAUGGAGACAGGACUGACAGAUGGACUGAAGAGGGAUUAUGGAUGUUGGGGUUUGACUGUGACUCCAAUUUUCAAGGAAAGGCAGGAAAAAUAGAUUGGUGAAGGACUGUACCAAAAAAAAAGGGGGGGGCGGGAGGGGGGCAAAAUGAUAAGAAGAGAAACUGCAGGCUCAACCAAAGGACCUUGUCUUUUGACAACUGCACUGCAAUAAAAAGGAAUAAAUUAAUUGAUUGAAUUAGGAAGAAAUUGAUGUGAGCAUGAUGUAAGGAGUUUAAAGUGCUCAGGUAAAUUUCACAUUUUAAAUGCAGGAUAAUUUUUUAAUUUAUCAACAGGUAUAUUUUAUGUUUAUGUAAGAUAUAUAUUUAAUUAGCUGCUGAGCUUUUGUAAAAGCUCAAUGUUGGAGAUUGAAUUCAUGUAAAGAAUAAACACAUUACCCUCACAUCAUGAUGCAUUUUGUUGGGAAUCACAUCUCGUACCACUUUUCUCUCAACUAAAUGGUUUGAGUAAAAUCUCUGAUUAGCAGAUGUACUGUGUCUUCUAUGUGUCUUUGAUAUUUCUUAAGAGAAAUAUAUAUUUCUGUACUCAAAUAGCAAGCUAAGAAGUAUCAACCUGAUGAAAUUGAGUGUACAAUGUGUUUACUUUCCUGUGUGUUCAUUGAUAGAAACUGAGAAUUA